AUGUAUGUGAAUAUAGGCCAUUUCGGGUUCCAGGAUCACAGCGUGCGACUACUCACAGACGAUCGGUUAUCCAACAACCUGCCAACGAAGGACAAUAUUAUCCAUUCGAUGUACUGGCUCGCGCAAGACGCGAGGCCAGGAGAUUCCUUAUUUUUUCAUUUCUCCGGGCACGGGAAACAAAUACCUGACUUGGAUGGAGAUGAAACAGACGGUUAUGACGAAGCGAUCGUGCCUUUGGACUACGGACAAACAGGAUACAUCACAGACGAUGAAAUGUUUGAUUCCAUGAUUCGCCACCUUCCCCAAGGAUGUCGAUUUACCGCGGUCUUUGAUGUAGGUGCUCCUCGCCAUGGACGCCGGCGAGUGAGCUGA